AUGUCACUCACAUAGUCUAACUUUAGGCAAUUUUCACAUCUCCAUCCCCAAUCACGUGCUCAAGUUCCUCAUCCCACCGGAAGUAAUAUCCAAUCAUCCACCGCUGAGUCCUCCCGCGCCCAACCAUGGUUAUCCAACGAGUGUGGCGUUCCUCCACCAACUCCAACACUAGUAGCAGCAGCAUCACGACGGCGGCGACCAAUAGCAACAGCGUCGGUCUUACUGCGUCGGCAUCGGCAGCAACAAGUUCUUCUGAAUUGGCGCCACAAAACGUGAUCGCUAGCGAAAUGGAUGGGUCUGGGACUGGAGGUUCUAAGAUGCAACGUCCCAAGCUGAGUGGUGAGGCCAUGCUGGAGGUGAUGAAGAUGCGAUAUUCUGGAAGGUCGCACGUUUCUCAGUCGGCAGGAGAUGCGGCAUUGAAGUCACUCGAGUUGUUGAGAGCGAAUAUUCAGUAUCUGUUCGAUAAGGAGAUUGAGGUGGUAGUUAAGAAGUUCAGUUCGUUGUUCUUCAUACCAGCCAUCAAGAACAUCAAGGAGAACCUGGGGGAGAGUGCAAUAUCGGAAGAAACUUUGAAAACGAUAUAUUGUUCUUUGCUGGAGAACAGCAAAAGUCAAUACGUUGGACAGAUUGCUUCCCCGGCGGAGAAUUCCCUUUCGAGGGCUAACACCCCUGGGAUGGAACUGAGUGAUUCCGACUCGAGUACCGAUAAUGUGGUGCCAUCUGGAACAACCAGUCUUCUCCAGCAAGCCUUGAAACGAAAGCUUCCGGAGCCGAACCAACAAGACAGCUUCAAACGACAGUACUUCUUGCAAGGAUCCCUCUACUCCCAAAACCACUAUUCGAUUCUUCAAUCACUGGGAAACGUCCAAGGCUCAUUACCAUAUCAGAUUAGACCUUCCGUUCUAAACCCCGCCGUUUACACAACUACCAUCAGUCCCGAGACACAAUUCAUACUAGAUUUCAAAGCCGGUCGAGCCCUAGGAGUUCCAGACUUCCGCGAACGACUAGCCAACAAACAUCCGGAAAUUCUACGCUACUGUCCGGAUAACCAAGACCGCGAUUGGCUCCUUCAGCAGAAGCAAAUCUCCCCACUCAACAGGAAUGGCCGCUUCUUCCUACUGGUCCUCGACGAAGUCAGAAAACUGGCCGAACGCAACUCGGAAUACGCCAACAACCCGUACAUGAAACUCUCAGAUCUACAAGGCUUCAAGCUACCGGAACUCAUCUACGCCAAGGUUCAGAAGCUCAUCAAAGACAGUGCCGACUCGAGUGUGGUCAAACCACCACCCGCAGCAACGUCCACAUCAGUAGCAGCAUCAGCAGCAGUUCCUAGUUCUAUUCAACCGAGACCACGGGUUUCUUCAUUGAGUUCCUCGCAUGCUACGCUGACGGCGUUGCUGUCCUCACCUCAACAGUCGCAAUCGAGCAGCAGCAGCAUCACGUCGAUUUCCGGCACUUCUUCCACCGGCCAAGGACUGGAAGCGAGCGCCGGUGGAACGGGAAGUGGCGACAUGAAGACUUAAACAUCGCAAUAUACCUAAUCGACGAGUAAUAAUUGAGAUGUGAUUUUGGUGAACCGCAGUAGAAUAGUCUAAGCAUUUGAUGCUUUUAUAGAUGUGUACAUAUCAGGAUUCUAGAACCUUUCCAUAGUGGGGGUCCCCUCAACGCAUUCCACCUUCUGUGGCGUUCAGUAGUUACUGAAAGUGUGGGACCCCUUCGGAACGUUUUAAAUGGUUUUAAAUCAAGUAAUCGCUUUAAAUUUACUAUAGGAAUGUAUGGAAUGAUGAACGUUUGUCAGUGUGCUAUACUAUUGGUGUAUUGAGCUUUAAAUGUUUUAGGAGAAUAAAGUUUUGAUC